AUGAGCCGAGGAUGGCGAGUGGUCCUGAAAGUGGGAGCAGGUGAAAGCAUCUCGCCAGCUACGAGUUUGUUUGAUCUUUGGACAUCUUCUGUCAAUCUGAAUGAUGAUGCUGCUGGCAUCGCCCAAGUCCAGGAAUCCUAUUUCGUUCCAGAUAUGCCUUCUUACAAAUCCAAGAUUGUGAAUGACUGGGCCAAAGCCAAUGUACAGAAUGUGAAAGUUGGUUUGUAUGAUAGAGAUGGACGCGAGGUUGUAGGUAUUAUAUUCAAUAGCAGUUGGUCUGAUGACAUGACUUCUUGGUUUUCUGAGGAGAACAUCGUCCAGCAAGGUCAACACUUCACUGACCUUUCUCCUGCAGUCAUCACUAACUGUAGUGCUGAAGGCCAAGCUGAUCAAGGUCAUCGCUUCAUGAUCACAUCAACAUCAUCACAAGUGUGUGACACCAUGCGUGGAUGGAUGGUGGUAAUAGAUCAAGGACGUACAGGCCAGUGUCACUGGGACUACGGAUACGAAACUCCAUUUUUUCUGUAUUCUCCAAACAAAACGAGCACAACUAUGUUGAAUGACUGUGUGGAAAACCCGUGUAAGUUUAAUGGGAAGUGUAACAAUAACUUUGGUGUGACCAGUUGUGUCUGCACUGACCAGAACUAUGGACCAACCUGUGAGACUAUAUGCCCCUGUCAGUAUGGAUCCUGUAUAGGAGAACCUGACGGAAGUGGAAACGAUCCUGGGCACUUUGAAAUCGCUGGAGAGAUACUGUCUUGUAACUGUACAGCUGGAUACACUGGGAUCCAUUGUGAUCAGGAUAUCGAUGACUGUUUGGGAGGUCCUUGUUUAAAUGGAGGUGAAUGCAUAGAUGGUGUCCAAUCAUACACUUGUGAUUGUCCAGUUGGUUACCAUGGCAAUUUGUGUGAAUUGACUAGGGACAAGGAAAUUAAUUCUCAAAGUAUCACUGGUGCCAUCAUUGCUGUGGCUGUUAUUGUCCCCCUUGUCGUCAUUGUCAUCAUCCUUGUUGUUAUUUAUGGAAUCUACAUCAAGCGUAACCCUGAUGGCUACGGCCGUGCCACCAUCUACAAACAUUCAGCCAUAGCCAGAGACUUUGUCCGACGUAGUUUUCGCAGGAUAUCAGGUCGUAGAACACGUCAGAACAAGGAUUCAGCUUCCAAGGACACAGACAAAGAUAACAAAAAAAUCAUUUCCUCUGAACAUAUCUCAUUUGAAUAUGAUAAUUCUGGAUUCAGAGACGGUGAUAUAGAUGAUGGGUUUGGUGAUGGGGAUAGUUCAAAACGAGGUUACAGUAGACAGGAUUCAGAACACAUUGACCUGACUCCUGAAGAUCAGUCGGUUAUUUCGGGAGAAUCUGUCAGAACUAAAACCCCUCCAAACAUUGUUGGAUAUAUAAAGUACCUAGACCCCCGUAUCACUGGUAGAUCUCACAGUACGAGUCCCAGACUAGAUACAGAACACCCAUAUACAGAGAGUAGUCAGGAUUCCAAUACAAGUGGCUCCCUCUAUCAGGAAAUGAACCCAGGUCUUACACCUGACUAUGGACCCGCUUAUCAACCAGAUAAUCCUACCCACAAUGAUGGUAAUUCUAUUCAACUAAAGCCAAAUGGUGCACAGCGUUCAGAGCCCAAACAAUCCAAGACAGCACCACGCAGUAAUCAUCAAAAUGAUAAACCUCCAUCUUAUGAUCGCUAUAUUGAAGAUAUCCAACAAAGAUCUGAUGAUAAAUAUAGACCAAAUGUUCAAACUAGUGAUCGAAGCAAACCUGACAUUAUACCAAAGACACCCAGUAACUCUGAUCCACGCUCUAAAGACCGUUACAAUCCAGACAGACAGCCAGUUGUAAGGUACACACCACAGUCUCGAUCUGACGAUCGCUACAAUACGGACACCCAUUCACGGCCAGAUGAUAGGUAUAACACAGACAUUCAGCCUCACACCAAUCCUGAAAUACAGCCUCGAUCUGAUGAUAGGUAUAAUAACCGACGUCCAGUAAAGUUAGACUUUAACGCUGAUGGCAGGAACAGACAUCCAGAGAGACGUACACCGACAAGAGAGGAUCACCCACAACCAGGGUAUUCUCAGCGGAAUCCGACCUCUCCUGGGUAUUCCCCAGGAAAUCCGACCUCUCCUGGGUAUUCUCAGCGGAAUCCAACCUCUCCUGGGUAUUCUCAAAGGAAUCCCUCCUCCCCUGGGUAUUCCCUUGGAAAUCCCAUCCCGGGGUAUGACCGAUCUUUUGCCCAGCAGACAAGGUCACCUUCACAAGGAUCUCCACCUCGGGACAAGGUGAUGCUGGAGGGUGAAGAACCAGUCCGUGAAAUCAACAUUUAG